AUGGCGGGGUAUGAACAAUGCUUGAAGUGUGCUGUUGACUUCGGUGUCACUCCUGAGAUCUCCAGGCAAGUUAGAAAAUGCACUGUGAAAAAAUGUUUUUGUUUUCUGUUUUAAAGAAAAUUCUUAAGAAGUCUAAUAAGAAAGCAACCUCAGGACCUUCUUCUCGUGAUUGGAACGGGGGUAAGUGCUGCAGUAGCACCAGGGAUCCCAGCGUUGUGCUCCUGGAGGAGCUGCAUUGAGGCUGUAAUUGAGGCAGCUGAACAGCUGGAGGUGCUUCACCCAGGAGAUGUUGCUGAAUUCCGUAAAAAAGUGAUCAAAGACAGAGACCUGCUUGUGGUUGCACAUGAUCUCAUCAGGAAAAUGUCACCACGUACUGGGGACACGAAACCCAACUUCUUCCAGGAUUGCUUGAUGGAGGUGUUUGAUAAUUUAGAACAACACAUUCAGAAUCCUGUUGUUCUGGAAUCGAUUCUGAGACUCAUGGAAAGAGGCACAAUGGUUCUGACUACCAACUAUGAUAAUUUACUUGAAAUAUUUGGUCAGCAACAGGGUAAACCUAUGGAAUCAUUAGACUUGAAAGACAAGGAUAAGGUUCUUCAGUGGGCAAGAGGCCAUAUAAAAUACGGAGUCCUGCAUAUUCAUGGCUUAUAUACAGAUCCCUGUGGAAUGGUGCUAGAUCCCUCGGGAUAUAAAGAUGUUACUCAGGAUCCUGAAGUCAUGGAGGCUCUUCAAAACCUGUAUCGAAGGAAGUCUUUUUUGUUUUUGGGCUGCGGAGAGACUCUGCGUGAUCAGAUAUUCCAAGCUCUCUUUCUUUAUGCUGUAAAGAAUAAAGUGGAUUUAGAACAUUACAUGUUGGUGCUUAAAGAAAAUGAAGACCACUUUUUCAAGCUCCAGGCAGAUAUGCUGCUGCACGGAAUAAAAGUGGUGUCCUACGGGGACUGCUUUAAACAAUUCCCGGAGUACGUACAAGAUCUGUCUGCUCAGAUCUGCAAGCAGAAAAGUCCAGAUGCUGAUGGAGUGGACAGCACAACACUAUUGGGAACUCCAUGUAUGGACUGUGCUAAAAGGAAGCUAGGAGGGAACGGCCCUGACUCUCCCAAGAGAAUCAAGCAGUCACAUAAUGGCGUAGCCUCUAUUGAAUGAAAAACACCCCGACCACCAAAACCCAACACAGAAGCUUUGAAACAGUAGAUGCUUUUUAUCUGCUGUGUGGAAAGUUUUGAGCUGAGUUAUUUCCAUGGUUUUAAGUGGAAUAAAAAUUGGUUGUCUUAGCCUGUUCUUUUCUAGAGCUCUACAUGUAUAAUGUAUGUAAACUUGAGAGUCCUACCAGUUGCUCUGCAGGCACUUUCACGCUACUGAAACUAGCUGGAGAGCCAUUUAGAAGCAGGUGCAAGUUUUCUCUGCCUGUGCUUCAGAGCCAUUUGAGCCAAGCUCCUAGCAAGGUGAAGCCACAACAGAGGCAAUGUUUGAAUGGGGUCAGAACUGAUUCUUGUACACCUGUGUUCAUUGAUUUUUGAAAUGCAGGGUUUUCUGUUCUUACUGGCUGAACUGCAGUUAGGCUGCUGGUAGUUGAGCUCUUCAGGGUCUGCUUACAAGCUUCAGGUUCAGAUCCCUAAGUUGUUAGGAGUGGGA